AAAAAAGUGAAGAUGGCCCAAGACUCCAUUGCAAUGGCGACGGUGGCACCGAUGGCACCAGUGACCGCCCAACGACCCGUUCCGACCAACCUUGAGUCUUCCGUUCCUAAACCCUACAUGGCUAGAGCUAUGGCUGCACCAGACAUGGAGCAUCCUGAUGGCACACCAGAACACAGAGCUCGAGACAUGAGUGUGCUCCAACAACACGUUGCCUUUUUUGAUCAAGACAACGAUGGAAUCGUUUAUCCUUGGGAGACGUACAUAGGGCUUCGAGCAAUCGGGUUCAACGUACUCUUUUCUUUGAUCGCGGGAUUCUUUUUCAAUAUAACAUUUACUUACCCCACCCUCCCAGGUUAUAUACCUUCCCUGCUGCUACCAGUUUACAUAGCCAACAUACAUAAAGGCAAACAUCCAAGUGAUACCGGGACAUAUGAUACAGAAGGAAGGUAUAUGCCAGUUAACUUUGAGGAAAUGUUUAGCAAAUAUGGCAAAACAGCACCCGAUAAGCUAACCUUGAAAGAAUUGUGGAGCAUGACAGAAGGAAAUCGCAUUGCAUUUGACAUUGUGGGCUGGAUACUAAGUAAGUUGGAAUGGGCGGCUGUAUACAUUAUUGCUAAAGAUGAAGAAGGGUACCUGUCAAAAGAAGCCAUGAGAGGUGUCUUCGAUGGCAGCCUGUUCGAAGAUCUUGCUAGAAAGAAUGGAGCCAACGAGAAAAAGAGGUCUUAAAGAUCUACACGUAUGUACAUGGAGUUGAUCGUUAAAGACCUUAAUCCGAAGUAAAUGAACCUACCAACUGAGCUAUAUCCCCCAAGCCAAUGUGUAAUAAAGCGUAUAAUAUCUAAUAGGCAUAGGUUCGGGUAAAUUAAAUAUUUGUACUGAAAGAUAGCAUUUGCUAUGCAGACAAUAUAGUACAGAACAAGAGAACGAGACUAGAUUGGGCAAGCUGUUUGUGUGGUGUUUGGUUCUAUAAAUGUUGUUUAAUGAAUUUACAUAUUGUGUCAUAGCUGA